AUGGGCAGAACAGAGAAGGAUUUAAUUCCAACACGCUUCACUGUCACCAACUUUGCUGGGGGCAUCACUAAAACCCAUGGAAUCCUGGAUGUGGAUGUCAUAGUUGGAACCAAAGAGUUGAAGAUUGCAUUCUUCGUGGUAGACACCACUUCUACCACUUACAAUGCAUUGCUUGGUAGGGACUGGAUUCACCAAAGCCUGCGUGUUCCCUCCACUCUCCAUCAGCAACUAGCCCUUUGGAAUGAAGAAGGAUACAUGGAAAUAGUAGAGGCCGAUCCACGGCCAUUUCUACCUUCUGCCAUGUGUUUUGAAGCAAGGUAUUAUCAUGAUGACCUUAGUCCUUUCACAUUCUUUGGAGUCAACUAG